GAGUUCAGCAAACCGAGCAGAUUAUGAAAUUCCACCCCACCACAAAACACACGAACAAGUAAUUAGAUACCUGGCAGCUGGACAAAACAAGCUGAUGCGCAAAACUAAAGGCUGAAUUUCUAUGGGAAAUUAGAGAAGGCGUUGUGAGCCCGUGUAUAAAUAUAAUGCUGUAUAUAAUAAAUCUCACUUGCUAUAACACCUCUGUACAUUGCUCAGUGUGCGCUGGAACAGUUGUCUAUUCUCUUUAUUCUAGUUGAUAUAUGCGUAGUGAGCUGCUCUGUCUGUGUUGUUACUCUAGUUCAGCUCUGUGGAGUCUGUGGUAGUAUUUCCACAGAUCUGUGUGUUAGUAUGUACGUGUAUCAUUCCACCAGCAAGAUGUCCGACAGCAAGUAUUUUAACACCCAAAAGAAGGGUGAAAUAUACGAGCUGAAAGCGGAACUGAACAGUGAUAAAAAAGAGAAGAAAAAGGAAGCCGUUAAAAAGGUAAUCGCCAGCAUGACAGUUGGUAAGGACGUGAGUGCUUUGUUCACAGAUGUGACGAUGUGCAUGCAGACUGACAACUUGGAGCUGAAGAAGCUGGUGUAUCUCUACCUCAUCAACUACGCUAAAACACAACCGGACCUAGCCAUUCUGGCUGUAAACACUUUUGUCAAGGAUUGUGAGGACCCGAACCCCCUGAUAAGAGCUCUGGCAGUAAGAACUAUGGGAUGUAUCAGGGUAGAGAAGAUAACUGAGUACCUGUGUGAACCACUCAGGAAAUGUCUCAAGGACGAAGAUCCUUAUGUACGAAAAACCGCAGCAGUGUGUGUCGCCAAGUUGCACGACAUCAGCGCCGCGCGAGUAGAGGACCAAGGGUUCCUGGAGACUCUUGGAGAGCUGCUCUGUGAUAGUAACCCAAUGGUGGUGGCUAACGCUGUAGCUGCUAUCUCUGAAAUACUCGACACUAAUCCUAACGCAGCUAAACAGGUGAACAUAGACACUCCCACAGUGAACAAACUGCUAACAGCACUCAAUGAGUGUACUGAGUGGGGACAAAUCUUCAUCCUGGACUCUCUCAACAAUUACUCUCCUAGAGACGAGAAGGAGUGCAUCAGUAUUUGCGAGCGUAUCACGCCUCGACUUGCGCACGCCAACGCCGCCGUGGUGCUGAGCGCAGUGAAAGUGCUGAUGAAGCUGAUGGACCAGAUCAAUAACACGGAGUUUGUGCAGAUGUUACAGAAGAAGUUAGCUCCCCCUCUCGUUACCCUACUUUCUGCUGAAGCUGAGAUUCAGUACGUUGCUCUGAGAAACAUCAACUUGGUCGUCCAAAAGCGUCCAGACAUUCUAAAACACGAGAUAAAAGCCUUCUUCGUAAAGUAUAACGACCCCAUCUACGUGAAGUUGGAGAAACUUGAUAUCAUGAUACGACUUGCUGCUCAGACCAACAUCGCACAGGUGCUCGCUGAGUUAAAAGAGUAUGCUACCGAGGUGGAUGUAGACUUUGUGCGCAAGGCAGUGCGCGCUAUCGGGCGCUGCGCUAUCAAAGUGGAGCCUAGCGCUGAGAAGUGCGUGACUACUCUGUUGGAGCUCAUUCAAACUAAAGUCAACUAUGUCGUCCAGGAGGCUAUAGUUGUCAUCAAGGAUAUCUUCCGAAAGUACCCUAACAAGUACGAGACCAUUAUCUCGACCCUCUGUGAGAAUCUAGAUUCACUUGACGAGCCUGAAGCCCGUGCUGCUAUGAUCUGGAUUGUUGGGGAGUACGCGGAGAGGAUUGAUAAUGCGGACGAGAUACUCCAGUCCUUCUUGGAUGGAUUCCACGAUGAGAACACACAGGUGCAGCUACAACUUCUAACUGCUAUCGUGAAACUGUUCCUGAAGAAGCCACAAGAAACACAGGAGUUGGUACAGAAAGUUCUGUCCCUGGCAACACAAGACUCCGAUAACCCUGAUCUUAGGGAUCGUGGUUAUAUUUACUGGAGACUACUCUCCACCGACCCGGCUGCUGCUAAAGAGGUUGUUUUAGCCGAGAAGCCCCUGAUAUCUGAAGAAACGGAUCUGAUUGAACCGACACUGCUCGACGAGUUGAUAUGUCACAUCUCGUCUCUUGCUAGUGUGUACCACAAACCACCCUCUGCUUUCGUCGAGGGAAGAGUACCUGUUAGGAAGAUUCAAGUCAACAGAAACGCUGAUGACGCCGCCGAAACUGAUCCCCACAUUGAAGAGGACGACAGAGCAGAGUACAACGAAACAGAGGAGACAGGAGCACCUCAGGAGGAGGUUGGUGGAGGAGAUCUCCUGAUUGGGGAUCUGCUCAGUCUGGACUAUCCUGCUCCUACUCCCGCUCAACAACCUGUCAACAAUGCCAACCAGGCCCAACCUGUCGCUGAUCUUUUGGGAGAUAUUUUCGGUGGAAUGGACCUCGGAGGUGGAGCUCCAGUAGCUGCCCCUGUCGCCUCAAGUCCCAUGGAUCUAUUCUCGCUAUCCGCUCCAACUACCUACGUCGCGCCUCCCCAAGUUAUCCUUCCCGCUGCUCGAGCUAAGGGUCUGGAGGUUUCAGCAACGUUUGCUCGUAGAAACAAAGGCAUUUUCAUCGACUUGACUUUCGCUAACAAGACCAUGAUGGCCAUGUCUGGGUUUGCCAUUCAAUUGAACAAAAACAGUUUCGGGUUAUCUCCAGGAGCUCCUCUGGCUGUCAAUUCUCCAGUUUUACCGGGCGUAUCUGCCACAACAUCACUUUCUAUCGUAACUACUGGUCCGGUCAUGAAAAUGGAUCCGCUCCUCAAAGUACAAAUGGCGAUGAAGAACGAUAUCGAUGUUUUCUACUUCGAGUGCUUAGUGCCAGCCUAUGUUCUAUUCGUGGAAGAAGGCAGCAUGGAGCGUAAUCUCUUCCCACAAAUGUGGAGGGAAAUUCCAGACGAGAAGGAGAAGCAAUUCCAGCUUCCUUUCACCAAAAAAUCGCAAGAUCAAGUGGAAGCAGUGCUCGCAGCAAACAACGUGUUCGUAGUCGCAACCCGGCAGGGUGGAGACGGUGAGCACCUCAUCUACACAUCCGUCAAGUUCACUAACGGGAUAUGGGUGUUAGGUGAGCUGAGGUUACCUGCUGGUGCACCACCAAGCCUCGCUCUCAAGACACAAACCGUGGCUGCCAUAGCUGAGGUUCACUCGGCUAUAUGUACCAUUUUAGCGGAUUAGACUGCACUGGUUUCAGCUUUAGGCUUGUUUAUGUGACGUUGAAUUUAUCAAUUAUCUACGUUUUAAAACUACACGAACUUUUUCCGUUUGCUGAUAAACACACAAAUUUUAUGUUUCUUUUCGGUGUGCAAUUUCAAUUUAAUCUUCUUGAUGAAGUUUUAUCGUAAAGAUGUAUUUGUUAACUGUGACCAUUCUCAUUUCCUGUAUUA